AUGGCUCAGCGGCAACACCAGUGGCGAUCAACAACCAUUCACCAAUCUCACCAAGCUCAGCCCAGCUCAAUACAAAGUGUCCAGCGAUACCACGGCCACCACAGCCACAGCCACAGCCACAAAAUCAUGUGGGCCGCCUCAACCCGAUCAUCCACAGCAUGGCCCUUCAAUAUAGAAUCCACCAGCAGCAGCAGCAACAGGCGGCCGGAGAGGAGUUUUAUCGUCACCUUCUCGGCCAAACCUCGACGGAAAUCGCAACCCCAGAAAGAUGAGUCCAUCCAAGACAUGGGUAAUUUGGGGCACGCCGUAGCCGUCGCCGCCGCCUUUGCCCUCAAAUCAAAUCCUCAGAACAAUACCACCUCAGUCAAUACCUUCAAUUCAAGACCAAAGCCACAACAACAAAAACAACUACAAUCACUGGUUGAACAAGGAGAGCUGAGUGGUUCUGAUGUGCUGUGGGCAUUACAGAAAGCCACUGCUCAAAAGAACAUGAAAAAGAAAAGGGGCUUUUCCUCAGCAUCUCUGUCCGCGUCCACUCGAAGUCGAAGCAGAGGUCGCAACAGUGCAAAAGACCAAGAGAAUGAAGAUAGUUUGGAUCAUGGCAAUGUUAGACCCUUGUGCCUUAAGAGUGACUGGAGCACUCGAUUGCAUGAGCUGGAUAGGCGUCUUCAGGAGCUCAUAGAUACUUGA